AUGCCUUCAGCCCGGCGCCUGCGGCUGCUCGGCACCGUCGCCGUUGCCGUCUUCCUCACCCUCCUCUUCAUGUCUAGACUACGCCAGGCUGGCGGCCCCGACACCGACUCACUACAGGGCUUUUACCAAAAAACCAAGAGCGCCAUUGACAGGGCGCAAGCGGGGGGACAGGCGGCAUCCAAGCCAGGGGCCGGCGCCAACCCCAAGGGCCAACACCUACAUCUAGACAAGGACGCCGACGGCGACGUCGACGAGGACGACCACAAACUUACCCAGGAGGUUACCGACCGCCUCAAGGCCGCCGAACAGCAGGCUAAGGAGCUCGCGAACUCGAAAGCCCCAAAUAAACCCGACGCCCCUGGCAACGUCAUUGGGGUCGGCAGCUCGGCCGUUGGUCAGGGCAAGAAGAAAAAGACCAAGGAAACUGAGCACGAGGUGGAAGAAGAAACGGGAGAGGAUCACAAAACCGCCGACGAGCUCGAUUCGAUUCUGCGCAAGUCUCCGGUCAUCAUAUUCUCCAAGACUUACUGCCCCUACUCGAAGCGCGCAAAGGGCCUGCUGCUGGAGAAGUACGCCAUCAACCCUGCGCCUUAUGUCGUGGAGCUCGACGAGCACCCGCUCGGUCCACAGAUACAGGCAAGGCUAGGAACCCUCACCGGCCGGAAGACGGUGCCGAACAUCAUGAUCAACGGCAAAAGCAUCGGGGGCAGUGACGACAUUGCUGAGCUGGACCGGGAUAAGUCAUUGGUCACCAAGAUCAAAUCGCUGGGAGGGAAGCGGGUGACCAUGAAGGAGCGAUUUUCUGGCGACAAGGCCUCACCAUAG